GAGAGAGAGAGAGAGAGAGGAACUGGGAGGAGAAACCACACACACACACACACACAACUAAAGGCGACAACUAACUUUAAACACUUUCUAGGGUUUCGUGCAUCAGCAGGUGAAUAUGAGCGACGCGAAUCAGACCAAAGUUGAACUUUUCGUGAAGGCAGGGAGCGAUGGUCAGAGCAUCGGCAACUGUCCGUUCUCCCAGCGCCUCUUCAUGGUGCUGUGGCUGAAAGGAGUCACCUUCGAUGUGACAACAGUGGAUAUGAAGAGGAAGCCGGACAUCUUGAAGGAUUUGGCUCCAGGUGCCCAGCCUCCCUUCCUGUUGUACGGCAGCGAGGUCAAAACGGACACCAACAAGAUCGAGGAGUUUCUGGAGGAAAACCUCAGCCCUCCAAAGUAUCCCCGUCUGGUUGCCCGUAACCCAGAGUCCAACACAGCAGGCAUGGAUGUUUUCUCCAAAUUCUCAGCUUACGUCAAGAACUCAAACCCUCAGACCAACGAAAACUUGGAGAAAGGCCUGCUGAAGGCUCUGAAGAAGCUGGACGACUACCUCGGCUCCCCACUUCCUGAUGAAAUUGACGAGAAUAGCGCCGAUGAGCUCACUUCUUCGUCCCGCCCCUUCCUGGACGGCCAACAGCUUACUCUGUCUGACUGCAACUUGCUGCCUAAGCUCCACAUCAUGAAGGUGGUGUGUUUAAAAUACCGAAACUUCAACAUCCCCCAGUCCCUGACAAACCUCUGGAGGUACCUGAACGCAGCGUACAUCAGGGAGGAGUUUGCCUCCACCUGCCCAAUCGACGACGAGAUCCACAUCGCCUACUCCUCUGUAGCUAAAGCUCUCAAGUAGGAGCACACCAGGAGGCACAAGUCAUAUAACACAUGCAUAGAUUACAUAGAAUACACAAGCACAAAAACACACACUUGCACACACACUCUGAAGCAACCUGGUCGAUCUGUUUGUUCACUUUUUUACAGCUUUAAAAUAUACUAAAUAGUUACAUGGGGCCUUUUUUAAAUCCUUGAACAUUUGUGAAUUUUAAGAAGAAAAAAAAAAUCUAAAAAACUUUUGAGAAUAGACAUAAAUAGACAUGAGCUAUUGACACCAUAUAUUUUGCGUAGAAAAAACGUCCUUUGUUAUUUAUUUACUCAACAUUAGUAAAUAGGCCAAUUCCUUCAGUUGUUGGGUCCUUGAAUGUUAGUGAACUGGGCCAGAUGUAUUGAUUGGGAACCCUGUUGAUAUCACCUUUGUAUAAUGUUAGUCAAUAUAGCUGGUUAAUUAUUGUCACCAUGAGGUAAACAAGGAAGCGCUGGAGGCAGAUAAGCUGAGGUUAAAACAAACACAAGCACAAAAAAAGCACUGUGGCAGAAUUUACAUUUCCUUCACAGUAACCUUGUUUAGGAUUUUAUCGAUUGAUCAUGUUGUUUGCAGGUCACACACACACACACACACACACACACACACACACACACACACACACACACACACACACACACACACACACACACACACAUUUAAAACUACAGCCUGUCUUGUGUCCAGUUUCACCAUCAGUAGAUACAGACUGUAAAGUUGUCUCUCGUUCCCUUACUGAUGAUGUAUUUCUUUGUAUAUCUUUUAGCAGACACAAAGCUGCCUACCAUAUCAAAUUGCCAGCCUCAAACAAAAUGCUUCAACUCUUCUUUUCAGUCUUAGUAUUAAGGAAGUGGUUUUCUUUUUUUAGGUCAAAAUGUGUACCAGUGCCAAUUUCUCUUUUGGGGUUUGCCUUUAUUUUAGAUUAUUAAGAAUGGAUGUAUUCAUUCAUUCCUGAGGGAACAAGGCCUUUUAUACUUGAGGAUUACAAAUGUAUUUUUUAAAUCUACACUUUCUUAUUCUUCACUUCAGAGAGGAAGUGGGGUGCUUUUCCUCGGCGGCCUGCAGACCGGGUCUCGCUUUAGGGAGGCAGAGCUGAGAACAGUUACACAGGAAACUCUUUCAAUAGACCCGGGCUUCCCCUUUCUGCCCCCCCACAGUGGGUGGGAAGGAUUAUUCAAGAUUACCGAGCUUGUUUGCGAUCCGUUGAUGCCCUCUUUUUUUAUGAAGAAUCCUUUUUAGUGUUAUAUAAAAGAAAAAGAUCAGGUUGUUGGUGUUUGAAAGUGUGGAUGAAGAAGCCGUUUACUGCUAAUGUGCUGCAAUAAAAUCACUUGUACUGCCUCCUCUGGUCGCCUUGGGAACCAGACCCGUGCUGUUACAUGUUUCUCAUCAGGGGAAGACAAGGAAGUUAAAUGUAAACAUGCUCAAUGUUUAAAAUUGAAAAUGCACUUAGAUUGCCGUCCAUUGUUAAUUGAAAGUAAAGGUUUUUCUUAUUGUCAAUUAGUCCAAUAUAAACGUUUUUUAUGAAUUAUCCGACCCAGUCUAUGAAUCUUAAGCCAUUCAUUUAAGAGUGUGUAUUUGCAGGGGACUAUUUUUAGCCGCGUAAUAAUACACACUUGCACUAGUCUAUAUUUUCAGCAGAAAAGUCUCAGAGUGGAGAAUCUGGAGGCAACAAGAACAUUUUGUUAUAAUUUGUAGAAUAGAAUAAAUCUACUCUUGCUAGUCUGAAAUCAUUUUUGUUAAAGUGACUUGAAAUGGAUCUGCUUGGAAGAACUGGAAACAAUAACCACACGUCUCAUCCGAAUAUAACGGCAGCUUGCGUAGAGUAGACAACUUUAUUAACUUAAUUGCAUCUAUGCAAAUGAACAUGGGGGAUGUUUGUAAUUAAGAUUUACACCGUAGGUCUGUUGUGACCUCAUCAUCUCUCUGGGAUUAGAGUGAAGCUCUUAAAAAUAAAAUAUAACCUAAGUGCAAUUUAAGACGAUUAAAAAGACAAUCUUAUACACAGACUUUUAUUAUGUUUUAGUAUGAGCAGAGUAUUUUUCGAUAUGAUUUUAAUUACAUUCUUCCUUGAGGUGUUAUUGAGGACAAGUGUUGAUCAAAGAGAUUAAAGUGUAUAUUUGAUAUUGACUGAAACUUUCUAAAAGUGGACCAACGUUUAAAGGGAUAGUGUCUGAAUAAUUUCAGUGCUCAUGUAUUAUUGUAUUAGUAUUGAGGAGCUUUUCACUUCUUACCUUGGGACUUGAUUCGAUUUCAUUAAAAUGUUACUUUAACUGGUUUGUUCUCACUUUUACUUUGUUUUGAGAGUCAUAUUUUGCCACUGUUUGUUUCAUACAUUCCCCUGCAACCCUGUUAACCUUUAGUGUUGUCCUUUUACAUAUCAUGUAGCCAAAAGAGGAUGCACUUAAAAGUCUUAAGAAAAUGGCGUGGAAACUAAACCAGUAGAUUCAAAUAAUCAAUGAAAACAAUCAAACUAGUAACACAACUGCAAUGUAUUUGGAUGUUCGAAGCCCUUUACAAGACGCAUUUAUUAAAAUCCCAAUAAAUAACUAUCUUGUUGAAAAAUUCA